UUUUUUUUCUUUCUUUGCCUUAUUGUACAUGCAAACUUGUUCUCAUUCCUCUACCUUUAUACCUAAUACUACUGUUGGAAACAAACCACAUUUACCAUGGAUUGUACAAAAAUACGGUGGAACUAGUGUGGGCAAAUAUUUGGAUACUAUUGCUACUGACAUUAUACCUUCAUAUCUGGAAAAGAAUAGAGUUGUCAUUGUAUGUUCAGCAAGAAGUGGCAAAACAAAAGAACUAGGAACAACGAAAAGGUUACUAAAAGCAGCCGAAGAGGCUCUAAAAGAAGGAUCAACGAUUCAUUUAGAUAUUGUCAAGGAAUUGACUUUGGAUCACAUGGAAGUAGCGAGGCAGUAUAUUCAGAAUCAAGAUAUUCUUCAACAAUUGGAAUCUCAAUUGGAUAGAGAUUGUCGUCGAUUGCGUUCUUUUCUACAAGCUGCUGAAAUCAUUCAAGAAAUCUCACCAAGAUCAAGGGAUGUCAUUGUUGGUAUGGGUGAAACUUUAUCCUGUCAAAUAGUAGCAGCUCUUCUCAAAGACAAGGGUAUUGAUAGUAAAUUUAUCAAUUUGAACAAUAUGAUUGAUAAAGAAUUCGAUAAUUUGAAUCAAGAAUUUUAUGAUUACUUGGCAACUAGAUUGGCCACCAUUGUGGAAGAAUGUGGUAACAAGGUUCCUGUUUUGACAGGAUUUUUUGGAAAUGUACCUGGUAGUCUGUUAUCAACUAUUGGCCAUGGAUAUACUGAUUUAUGUGCAGCAUUAACGGCAGUUGGAUUACAUGCAAACGAAUUACACAUUUGGAAAGAAGUGGAUGGUAUCUUUACAGCAGAUCCUCGCAAAGUAGAAAAAGCUCGUCUUUUACCGAUCAUCACUCCUGAAGAAGUGGCUGAAUUGACAUAUUAUGGUUCAGAAGUGAUUCAUCCUUUUACUAUGGAACAAGUCAUACGUGUUGGUAUCCCGAUUCGAAUCAAGAAUGUAGAAAACCCUGCAGGUUCAGGUACCGUGAUUUUUCCUGAUCUCUCAUCCAACAAGGAAAAUAAUGAUUCUCUACCAAUGUCGAUCUUGGCUCAAAAUGGAUUCCAUUCCGAUGUAUCAAAAAGAUCUCCUACAGCUGUCACCAUCAAGGAUAAUAUUUGUGUUCUUAAUGUCCACUCCAAUAGAAAAAAUGUCAGUCAUGGAUUUUUAGCCAAUAUAUUUACAACACUAGAUGAACAUGGAAUAGUAGUGGAUUUGAUUUCAACCUCAGAAGUACAUGUAUCUAUGGCUCUCAAUGCUGAAAUGGUUUCUUCUAGUUUGGAUAUUGCCGUCAAUGAACUUGCAAAACAUGGAUCAGUGGAUGUGAUGAAUAAUAUGGCGAUCCUUUCUCUGGUAGGCAAGCAUAUGAAAAGUACAGUGGGAAUUGCAGGAAAUCUAUUUACAGCCUUGGCCAACGCCAAUAUUAGUAUUGAAAUUAUUUCUCAAGGAGCCUCUGAAAUCAAUAUCUCUUGUGUAGUAGAUGGUAGCAACGCAUUGGAAGCUUUGAAUGUAGUGCAUGAACAAUUGUUAAUUGUAGACCCUAGUAUAGAUCAUCAUUUAGAUUCAAAUAAAGAAUAAAAAAGUUUAUCCGAUUC